AUGACUGACUUUGUACUCUCUGAAUAUUUGAGUAAGUUUCAGACAUCUGAUAAAACUAGCUUCAGCCCUGUAGAGAAUGCAUCGAGGGAACUUAAUGUUGUUAUAGACAAACUGGCAGUAUCACCAGAGCAGAUUGACACAGAGGAGGAGACAUUGGAGUCAUUGAUUGAUCUCUGUCAAGGAUUCCCACACUUGACGGACAAGCUACAAAUACAGUUGAGCUAUCUAAUCAGUUCUUCGUGUAAAAUCCUAUCCAAUGACAUACAGAAUAUUCUCACUGGGACAUCAAAUUUUAACGAUACAAUGGAACUAAUACCGGAAUGGAAGAGACAUCUGGAAGAAUAUGGUUAUCUCAUACAUACACUACUGUUUUUUUUGAAGGAGGAUAUCCAUAAAACUGCUUCACGGUCAGCAAAUUUAAAUAGAGGUCGGAAGGUUCCCGGUGGGAAUGUGGAAACCCAAGUGGUUGAAAAGUUUAAAUCUUCCUGUAAUCAAAUUUUGCAACUAUGUGAGACUAUAGUUGCCAUACUAAAUAUCAACUUCAAUCGUAUUUUUCAAACAACAGUAGAAAAUGAUUUGUUCAUUGGUCUGUUUACAAGACCGUUAUUCUCUCUCGUAGAGGUGGAAGCCGUAAUAAAGGUUCCUGCAUUAAACCACUCAAUAACUAGUAUCAUUGCAUUAUCAGUAAGGAAUCAUGGCCAAAGUUCUAGUGCCCAGAAUGCUAUAUUAACUAAUCUAACAUAUUUUUCGCAUCUAUCGAACUUUACCGCAGAUUUGCUCACGGUGGUUUCAAGCGAAUUUAAUUAUCCGCAAUUGACAGAAGAUAUUUUAAAGGAUAUAAGUAAUCGUGUUUUCAAUGCAAAAGAUUCAACAGGUCCAAAAUCUAUUUCAGGGUUUCUAAUCAAACUAUCUUCUCUUCUUCCGGUAGUAAUGCUGAGACAAAUGUCAUCCUUAAUAAAAUUAUUAAACAACAGUUCCAUUACAUUAAGAUGUUCCAUUGUUGAGGCAUGUGGCAAUAUAGUAAUAAAUCUUGCUAAGGAUGGGGAAUCAUUUGUGCACUAUAAGCAACAAAUAGGAGUUCUCAUUGAAUUAUUAGAAGAAAGAUUCCAAGAUUCCAAUCCUUAUGUGCGCACAAAAGCUAUUCAAGGAUGUCUGAGGAUUAUAGAUCUAAAUGUAAAGUUAAACGAGAAAAGAGCAAGCAUUACUAUGCUAGCAGUCAGAUCACUACAAGACAGGUCGUCUUUAGUGCGGAGGAAUGCAACAAAGCUCCUGUCAAAACUACUUCUGAAGCAUCCAUUCAAUUUGAUACAUGGCUCACAAUUACGUUUAUCAGACUGGAAAAUGUAUUUAUCAGUGGCUGAAGAAACAUUGGGGAAAUUAUUAGGUGAGGUUGCUCCUACUGACAGUAUCGUAGGAGAUAGUGAAACAAUUCACGGUACAGAUGAUGUCUCAAGAAUCGAAGAAGAAGCAACUGAUGUUAAUGGUAUCAAUGGCAACGCCAUCUUAAAGGCGCGCCUAAUGGUUUCAUACUAUAAGGAUGCGAUUGAAUUUAUUGAAAGUUUACACAGUAGUAUUGAUUUAAUAUCUGAUCUGCUAUUUUCAAGGAAUAGAAAUGAGGUCCUAGAAGCGAUGGACUUCUUAGUUCUUUGCGAUGCAUACGACUUAGAACCUAGUGAGCAUGGAAUAAAGAAGAUGCUUCAUCUUGUCUGGGUUAAAGGCACAAACGAUGAAGGUACAAGUAUUUCGACACAUCUUAUUUAUUGUUACAAACAGUUAUUUUUGACUGCGCCAGAUGGAGUCACUGCCAAAGAGCGUUCGGGGUAUAUAGCGAAGAAUUUAAUAGAUCUGACAGUAGAUGCAUCUGUUGCUGAUCUUGCCUCUUUAGAGAAAUUAUUAGGAAUGAUGUACCAAGAUAAUCUGAUAGAUGAAAACAUUAUCAGAGUUUUAUGGGCAAUUUACAACUCCACCCUAAAAGAUGACGUAGCUAAUAGAUUUACGAAGGAUCAACUACAUGGGUCUAUUAUAGUGUUGAGUAUGCUAGCACUUGAAAACUAUGAGAUAAUAACGAAAGGCCUAGAUUCCUUGCUGAAUAUUGGCCUGGGGGAUAUCGGUAGUAAAGACCUCAUUCUAUGCAAAUAUUCUUGUAUUGCAUUGGAAAGAAUGGUUCCAAAAAAGGAGACAACAAUCCAAUCUAUGAUUUCUAAAGCCCAGGAGGAAGUUGCAGUCAAGAAGCUGUAUAAAAAGGUCGUUAACAACACGAAAGAUUUGGCAUUUUACCCUAUGUGUGAACAAGCAAUAAAUGCCUUAUUUACCAUAUCUUCGAAACCUGACAUCGUUGGAUCCGAGCUAAUACGUGAGAAGACUAUGAUGACUUUUGGGAAACCUGAGUCAGGGGAAGAUUCAAUGAUGGUGGAUACCGAUUCAAGAGUUGUCUCCUUGAGUCAACUACUAUUUAUCGUGGGACAGAUCGCCAUUAAGACAUUAGUCUAUCUAGAGAAAUGUGAAGCUGAAUUCAAAAAGAGAAAAAUCCAAGCAGAAAUACAGAAGGGUAAGGAGAAAGACAACCAGCAAAAUGAUGCAUCUAACACGACGACGGACUCUAUUAGUAAGGACAAAGAAUUAGAAAUGAUUGGAGACACCAAUGAAGACGAUUUUACUGAUGCUAUCCAAUUUAUUAAAGAGACUGAACUUUUAUAUGGAGAAAAUUCCUUAUUUAAAAAGUUUUGCCCCAUCAUCGAAGAGAUAGUAUCUAAUUCGACCAGGUUCAAUGACGUAAUGCUUCAGAGAACAGCAACUCUUUGUAUGGAGAAACUUAUGUGCAUUUCUUCCAAGUAUUGUGAGAAAAGUCUUCCAUUACUGAUUACAGUAAUGGAAAAAAGUCCUGAUCCUAUUGUUCGUUCUAACGCCGUACUUGGCCUAGGUGAUGUAGCCGUCUGUUUCAAUAAUCUGGUGGAUGAGAAUACAGAUUACUUAUAUCGCCGUUUACAUGACGAAAAUUUAAUGGUCCAGAGAACAUGCCUAAUGACUGUUACCUUUUUGAUUUUGGCAGGCCAAGUAAAGGUAAAAGGUCAACUGGCUGAAAUGGCAAAAUGUUUGGAGAACCCUGACCAAGGUAUAAGUGACAUGUGUCGCCUAUUUUUCACCGAAUUAGCUACCAAAGACAAUGCAAUCUACAACGGAUUUAUUGAUAUUUUUAGUAACUUAUCUUCUGAUAAGAUGUUGAAACAAGAUGGGUUUAAAAAGAUUAUUAAGUUCUUAUUAUCAUUCGUUGAAAAGGAAAGACACCAGAAACAAUUAUGCGAUAAAUUAUGUAGCAGAUUAAAAAAAUGUACUACACAGGAACAAUGGGAUGACGUAGAAUUUGUCUUAAAUAAUAUAUCAUUCAAAAAUGAAAAGAUUACGGCACUUUUGGGGGAGGGUUUUAAAUUGGUUUCCGCACGUGAAUAG